UUUUGGACAUGUAUAUAAACACCUCAACUGGCUCAUGUAGCUCCUCGCUUCUCUUCUCUUCAUCGCCCACAAAACCCUUUUUUCCUUCUUCUGGAACCCUCCUCGAUUUCUCUGUUUCUCUCUGAAGCUCCCGAUCAUGGAAGAACCUCAAGUUGUGGAAGCAAGCAAUGGGACCAUCUCCGUGGCUUCUGCCUUUGCCGGUCACCAAGAAGUUGUUCAGGACAGCGACCAUAAAUUUGUAACUCAAGCUGUUGACGAAGCCUAUAAGGGAGUUGAGUGUGGUGAUGGUGGCCCAUUCGGCGCGGUUAUCGUGCAUAACAACGAGGUUGUUGUUAGCUGCCACAACAUGGUUCUCAAACACAAGGACCCGACUGCCCAUGCCGAGGUUACGGCCAUUAGAGAGGCAUGUAAGAAACUGAACCGGAUAGAGCUAUCAGAGUGUGAGAUCUAUGCAUCUUGCGAGCCAUGCCCCAUGUGUUUCGGGGCCAUCCAUCUAUCGAGACUCAAGAGGUUGGUCUAUGGAGCCAAAGCAGAAGCAGCCAUAGCAAUUGGGUUUGAUGACUUCAUAGCCGAUGCUUUGAGAGGGACCGGGUUUUAUCAGAAGGCUCAGCUUGAGAUCAAGAAAGCUGAUGGCAACGGAGCUGAGAUCGCCGAGCAAGUCUUUGAAAACACCAAGGAGAAGUUCAAUUUGUAUUAAGCUUUUCUCCCUUUUCGCCAUUUCCUUCUUCUUCUUCUUCUUCACUAGGACAGAUGGGAAAGAGGUUGAAGAAGAAGGAAAUGCAGAAUAUGCAAAUGCUUUAACUCAAUAAAUUCACUCUUGUGAAACUGUUGAUUUGGGUAAUUAUCUGAUGGUUCCUUCGCUCU